CAAAAGAAUUUCCGCUAGGGGGCGACUAGGCCUUGCAUAUUACAUAACCAAGUAUCCGCUCAGCGCGUAUGCCUUUUUAUGAAUGUGAAUCAACCGAAGGCCUCGAACUUUUCCUGGGGUCCCCCUCGUUUUCUCAUGCUUCACACCAAACCUGGAAUCUGACAACUAAUGAAAGAGCUUUGGCCGCCGCAUUAAAUCGCCUCCCCCCCGUUUGAAUCGCCAUGACCCAAACCGGUUUCUGCGAUUCCAGGCCACUAUUGGACCUACACAAGAAGGCAGAGGAGAGGCGCGCGCCCCUGCGGACCUGGGCCAAUACCCGCGGGCCCAAGGAGAGGCGGUCACUGGCCGAGAGCGAGGAGCCCAGGGGGCCGCACUGCAAGACCGCGCCCGAGUGCAGAUGGGCAAGGAGGAUGCCGGUUUCGGCAGAAGAUGGUAUCGUUAUGGGCUAUGCAGAGCAGAACGGCUCUACAGACGGGCGUGAGGAGGAGGUCUUGCUGCAGUGUCUGCACGGCCUGCCGGGGCUGCGUGUGCUGGUGCCAGGGCUGUUGCGCAGAGAGAUGGAGCUCACCAUGGAAACGCUGGGCCUCGUCCAUGACAGGACCUAUGCCUGGGACAUCUUCUCAGACAUGAUGAGAUCUCAGUUGCAUUACACCUUUCCGUGCAUGGAGCUGCCCCGCCCGUUCACCGAUGCUGCUCGUGCCAUCGUGGUGGACUGGCUGAUCCAGGUCCAUGAGAUGUUCAACUUCUCAGAGGAGACUCUCUACCUGACCGUGCACCUGCUGAACCGUGCCAUGCGCCAGAUCAAGGUGUCCAUUUCCAACUUGCAGCUGCUGGGCAUGGUCUGCCUCUUCCUGGCCGGCAAGAAGGAGGAGUGCCUGUUGCCGGAGAUCUCUGAGCUGUGUUUCCUGAUGGACAACAGUUACAGCAAGCGGCAGCUGCUUCGCAUGGAGCGGCGUGUCCUGUGUGAGCUCGACUUUGAGCUGUCCCACUGUCCCCCCUUGCACUUCCUGCUUCUAACGGCCUCCAUCGCCCACUGCAGUGACAAGGUGGUGUGGAUGGCCCGCUACCUGCUGGAGUUGUCGCUGCUGGAGAACCAGUGUGUUGUGUUCCAGCCUGUGCAGCUGGCCAGUGCUGCGCUCUGCCUGGCCAGGUUGGUACUACAGGAGGCACACAGUCCUGAAAGUGAGACAGCAUGGUGUAUUGCCACCAGCCUCCACAUCUGCAGCGAACCCAUGCUCCAGCGAAUCAUGCACAUCCUGGCCGUGACGGCAUCUGGGGCGCAGGAACGGGAGACCCGUGCCACCUUUGUGAAGUUCUCGACUGCCAAGACCCUGCAAGUCAGUGGCCACCCCGGCCUGCAGAGUGCCCCUUACCUGCUGGGCCCUGGCGGAGCCCCGGUCAGGCCCCAGGUCCGGGAGGGGCCCCUGAAAGGCAUGCGGGCCGGAGAGACGGGCCAUUACAUGCGAACGCAUACCUGAGUGAGAAUCAGCACUGGAGCAUCGCCUACCUCCUAGCUCUCCACACUGCACAGUAAGAGCCAAUCAAAACCAGGGCACAUUGCAGUGUCGGUAAAAUGCCUAUGCCCUCCCAGCUCUUAUGCCCCUCCCCCAGCUAUUCAUUUUGAUGAGAUGAAUAUUCAGGACAUUUCAUAGUGGAAUGAUGAAUGAUGGUUCUUACUGCAAUUACUCAUUCCUUAUAGUUGCCCCAAUAAUUUUUAUAGAAGAAAAUGAAUUGUAUUAAGUUUGUCUUGAUGUCUUUGUAGUUUAUUUUAGUGUUCCAAAAACAAGAAUAUUCUGCCACAAAUCUCAGGCCUGUAAUGUGAAUGGUCAACUGCCAUCAGUGGCUGAAUACCGGUUAAAGAGAAGUGAUGUGUCCACUUUAUUAAAGCACUUUGAAACAUUUAAGUGUUUCUGCAUGUCGGCUUGUCUUGGGGUUUUGAAGCAAACUUUUAAUUAUGUAAAAAUAAAAAAAAUUGUCAUGUCUGAUGCAAAA